AUGUCCGGCGCAGCAGACCGCGAAGCCGUCUUUCCCACCCGGCAAUCGCUGGGUAUCAUGAAAGCAAAGCUCAAAGGCGCCGAAACAGGUCACAGUCUCCUCAAAAGAAAGAGUGAAGCUCUCACCAACCCCCCCCCCCCCAGACGCUUCCGCGAAAUCACCCGCCGCAUCGACGAAGCCAAGCGCAAGAUGGGCCGCGUAAUGCAAAUCGCCUCCCUCUCCCUCGCCGAAGUCACCUACGCCGUCGGCGGCAACAUAGGGUACCAAAUCCAGGAAUCCGCCAAAUCCGCCCGCUUCCGCAUCCGCGCCAAGCAGGAAAACGUCUCGGGCGUCCUCCUCCCCGCGUUUGAGAGCUACCAGACCGAGGGGAACAACGACUUUGCCAUGACGGGUCUCGGCAAGGGAGGUCAGCAGGUGCAGCGGUGUCGCGAGACGUAUGCGAGGGCGGUGGAGGCGCUCGUGGAGCUGGCGAGCUUGCAGACGGCGUUCGUGAUUUUGGACGAGGUCAUCAAGGUGGUGAACAGGCGAGUGAAUGCCAUUGAGCAUGUCAUUAUUCCCAGGACGGAGAAUACCAUCAAGUAUAUCAACUCGGAGCUUGACGAGCUGGACAGAGAGGAGUUUUACAGACUGAAGAAGGUUGCCGGCAAGAAACAGCGAGACACAGCUGAGCAAGAUGCCGAGAUGAAGGCUAGGAAAGAAGCGCAAGCUGCAGCUGCAGAUGAGCAGAACCAAGCGCCAAAUGCCGCGGCGGACGACGCGCCAGCUGAUCUGUUGGCUGCGGAGGAGGAUGAAGAUGUCAUCUUCUAA